UCUUGCCGAUACAGCGGAGUACCAGACUAGCUAGCCUGCAAGCCUCAGGUGAUCCUGGCUCCACUUCCCGCUGCAUAGGUGUACUGGAAUCACCACUGUGUACCUGGUUUUAUGUGGGCGCAGAAGAAUUGAACUCAGAUUUGGUCUGCUUGUUGUUGGACCUCCAGCGCUUUCCCCUGUCACCCACGUGGAUGAGUUCUCUCCAGCCAUUGUGAUUCAUUCUGUGCUCCGCAGAAGCUCUUGUCUGGUGGAUUUGCCUCUGUGGACGGCUAUACCAUCCUUUUACGGUCUACCUAAUCAUCUAGCCGUCUGUAAGUAAGAGUGAGGACAGGAAGAACCCAGAGAACAGUUACCAUGGCUGCAGCAGUCCUCAUGGAGGAGGCCACAUGUCCUAUCUGCCUGGAGCUUUUGACAGAGCCCGUGAGUCUGGACUGUGGCCACAGCUCGUGUCGAGCCUGCCUGUCCACGCAGAGCAUCGGCCCCGCCAGGAAAACCAGCUGCGCUGUGUGUGGUACCCGGUGCUCAGCUGAGAACCUGGGGGUGAAUCGGCCCCUGGCAGGCAUAGUAGAGAGACUCAGGGAGGUCAGGAUGAGGACUGACACUGAAAAGAAGGAAGACUUGUGUGUACGCCAUGGGGAGAAGCUGCUUCUCUUCUGUGAGGAAGACAGGAAGGUCAUCUGCUGGCUCUGUGAGCGUUCUCGGGAGCAUCAUGGCCACCAUACCUACCUCCUGGAGGAGGUAGCCACAGAGUGUCAGGAGAAGCUUCGGAGUGCUCUCGAGAGACUGAGGAGGCAGCAGCGGGAAGCUGAGCAACUGGGAGCUGACAUCAGAGAAGAGAGGAUUUCUUGGCAGGUUCAAAUACAGACUGAGAGACAAAGGAUACAAACAGGAUUUAACCGGCUUCGAAGCAUCCUAGACAGCGAGGAGCAGAGAGAGCUGCGGAGACUGGAGGCGGAGGAGCGGAAGAUCCUGCACAGCCUGGCAGAGGCCGAGGCCGAGCUGGCUCAGCAGAGCCGGGUGGUGACCGAGCUCAUUGAGGAUCUGGAGCGCAGAGGCCGGUGGUCGCCGAGGGAGCUGCUCCAGGAUAUGAGUGGGAUCAUGAAAUGGAGUGAGGUCUGGACACUGAAGAAACCAAAGGCUCUUCCCAAGAAACUGAAGACUGUAUUCUGUACCCCCGACCUGAGCGGCAUGCUGCAAAUGUUUCGAGAGCUAACAGAUGCCCGGAGCUACUGGGUGGACAUCACAUUGAGUCAGGACAACCUAAAUCUGGAUCUCAUACUUUCUGAAGACCAGAGACAAGUGACAUGCGUGCCAAUAUGGCCAUAUAACUGUUGUAAUUAUGGUAUCUUAGGGUCCCAGUACUUCUCCUCAGGGAAACAUUACUGGGAAAUAGACGUGUCUAAGAAGACUGCCUGGAUCAUCGGAGUAUACUGUAGGAAACGCUCUGCAAAGUCUUGUGUUAGACAAGGCAAAAGACUCCCAAAUGUUUACUCCAGAGGCAGACCCCAAGAUGACUACUGGGUUCUGUGGCUACAGAAUGAAACCAAGUUCGGUGCCUUCGCGAACUCUGUUACUUUCAAUCCUAUAGUUGUAACCCUCUAUAUGGCGAUCCCUCCCCAACGGGUGGGGGUUUUCCUCAACUAUGAAGCAGGCACUGUCUCCUUUUUCAAUAUCACAAACCAUGGGUCCCUUAUCUACAAGUUCUCUAAUUGUGGCUUUCCUCAGCCUGUGUAUCCGUAUUUCAGUCCCUGGAACUGCCCGGCCCCCAUGACCCUGUGUCCACCGAGCUCUUGAAAUUUCUUUAUCAUAAUUUCUUGAAAAGUCACUUGUGCUUGAGAUGCCCAGCACAUCUGGCUUGAAUUAGGAAGAGAUGCUUAUUUUCAUAUGGACUCUUUUUAAUCUUCUCAAUGAAAGAUAGCUAAUUCAGCAGACUAAAGAUGGCGUGAUGUUGGUAGAACAACCGUGCCCUGCUAUUUCUCCACAUUGCCCUUUCCCACCAAAGACAUACAGUCACCCUUCCCCUUCCCCGUUAUGUAAGACAGUAAGAAUCACCUCCCUGACCAUCAAUAAUUUAAUGAGUCUUUGAAAAUAUGCCACUUUCCCCAGGAUACCCAGGUUCAUCAGGGAGCGAAGAACAGGAAAAUGCAAGUAACAGACAUACCUAGAGAAAAGAGUAACCUCUGGAGUGUUUUGAGUUCAAAUCCUGUUACUUCUUUUAUAAGCUAUGUAAUGGUAACAUUUUUAAAAUGCAAAUUGGGAUUUAAAACUACACCUUAUCAAUAAAUCUAAAAUGCCCA